AGUCAGUUGUUAUCGGAACUUGCUGCCGUUGUCAUGUCCGAGACGUAGACGCGCACGGUUCGUUUAUUUUCUUCGCUGCGCUGCUUGCGGAAGUACUUGCAUAUGAAAUUGAUUGUUGCUCAAUCAAAAGUUUAAAAAAUCACAUUGUUUAUAAAUAACGCGCAGCAAUAAAGCGUGAAUAAAAAAAGUGAAAACUAAAUCAAAAGUAAACAAAACAAACAAGCAGCCUAAACUGUAGCAUAACAAUUAAAAAAAAAAAAAACAACUGCAACCAGUUCGAUCGAGUGUUAUUCAUUUGGAACUCUCUAUUUGUCUUUGACUGCAGCAAUCGCUUAAGCUUGAGCUCUGGCUGUGUCCUUGUGUUUCAUACAUGAACUGCCGCCUGAGCCGGCUUUAAGCGAAGCGUUUCCACAGCCUGCUGCGUCUACUUGAUGAUCCUGCGAAGAGUGUGCGGUUUUUUUCACUCUCUCUCUCUCUCUCUCUCUCUCUUACACUCUCUCUAGCUCCAAAUGUCGCUUGCUUCAAGGAUUUCGCAGGCAAGCAACGUUAAACGCAACAGCGAUGCAGGCAGCGAAUUGAGCGCAGAUCAGCGCAAUGCCAACAUACGUAACCUAUUUGCACCCACGCCCGCUGCGCUGGCCAAACGCAAAGCAGCGCGUCAACGCAGCCAGAGCAGCGUUUGCUUGGAACGAGCGCCGCAGAAGCAGCCGCAACAGCAACAAGCGGCGCAGGCAGCAGCUGGACUGGGGCUGGCCACUAAGCUGAGGCGUUCCAUGGGACAAAUUGUGGACUACAAUGGAUUUAAUAAACAUAAUGAUGAUUACGCUGGGGACUUUAACAACGUUGUGCAAACAGAGCGCAUAAAUCAAUUGGCAAUGUCUAGGAAUCAAUCAGCAAUGCAACAGCAGCAGCAACAAUACAAUGGGAAGUCAAUAGAGCAGAGCCAGGACAAUGGCAACGAGCAGGACGAUGACGAUAGCGAGGCUGCAAUGUAUGCUUUGGGUGCUGGCAAAAACAAUGGCCUGCAUCAAAGCGAAAUUCAAUUGGCCAACGGGCAAAUGCUCAGCAUGUUGGAGGCCAUGCCAACUCCACGUCGUCCUGGCAGCGCCAGUUGGCUGGAGCGCAAGGGCUGGCAGGCAACGAGCCAGCCGGAAAAUUUUAUUAACAGCUGCAUGCAAAGGCAAAAGGCGACGCAGCAACAGGAGCAGCAGCAGCAGCUGCUGCCAGAGCUUAAGUUGCCAGGCUACAGCAGCAACGACAACAACAAUAAUGUUGACUCUGGUAAUGAAAUGACCUGGGGCAGUGCUGAAGAGAAAUCGCAGCCAUUGAAUCAUCUAAGAACGCUGCACGACUCGCUAUCUCAGGCGCCAGAUAUAGCGACAGAGGAGCUGGCGCUGGAGCUGGAGCUGGAGCAGCGACAAAGUAUGCACAGCGAAAGCUGCGCGCAGUCAGCGCCGCUUGCGGAACGCCUGCUGCGAUUCCGACAGCGUCAACAGCGACGUUACAACAGCGUUGAUACUGAGGAGAACGAGAGCCCACUGCGCGAGCAGCUAUCAGCUGAACAAAUAAGCGUUGCCAAUUUGCAUAAGCAUAGCAAUAGCAAUAGCAAAAGUCGUGCUGCUGCUGGUCAACGCAGGGCCAGCGUUAGUGCGGCUGCAGUUGAUGCUGUCACGUGUUGGGCAACUGACGCGCUAGACGAGCCAGAGCCAGAGGCAGAGCCGGCACAGAGCUUUGAGGAGAGUGAGGAGCAGGCAGCGCCACGACCACGACGUGUGCUUAUCAGGCGGCGUAUUGUGCGCUCGCCCAGCAGCAGGCCAAAGCAGCAGCAGCAGCAGUUGGCUCAAAGGAAGCAGCAAAAGGACCAACUCGAUUGGUUUUCCAGGCUGCGAAAUUUCUGCAUUUCGCCAACAACAGAGCAAGCCACAUCAGCAGCAGCACUCGCUCAACGUCAAAGUGAAGCAGCAAGCGGCAACGGCAACGGCAACAGCAACAAUAACAACGGCAACAGGAAAGAGCAAACUAUUCCCAUAAUGGCCGUGCUGCGUACUAUGAAGCUAAAGGAGCGCUUAGCCAUUAGCUUGGGGGCGACGCUUGUGCUGCUUACGCUGCUGCUCAUUGUGGAUGUGCAAAUGGACUUUGGUGUGGCAAAUCGCCAUCUGCUGCAGCAACCUCACCAGCAGCAGCAGCAACAUCACAAGCUGCGCUUUGGCAGUAAUAACAAUGAUUAUGAUGCAGGAGCCACUGCCACGGGCGGUGGCAUGUUGCACGAGUUCAAACGAAAGUUCCUGCAAAAGAGCAACUCCUCGGGCUCGAAGGAAGCCUCAACGCAAGCUCAAGGCACGGCCAGUCAAAAUGGCGGCGUUACAACAAACACGCAGGAUGCGGCUGUGGCAGGCGCGACGCUCUCCACACGCAAACCGACGCCACAUGAUCGCUACGUGGAUUUGCAAAAGUUGCUGCUGAGCGAUGAAUACAAUCAUGUUAUAUCGGAUAAUGCGCCCGAUGUAACGGUGAAUAAUCCAACGCUAGGCGAGCUGCUGCAUCGGCAUCCCAGUCCCAGUCCAGGCUUGCAAAAGGAGGGCGGCACACAGCUGAAACUGAUUAUCGAAUAUCAGGAUAGCAAGGCGCUGAUGAAGCCGAUGCGCUUUCCCAGGGACCAGCAAACGUUGCCCAAUCACUUCUACUUUACAGACUAUGAGCGUCAUAAUGCCGAGAUUGCAGCUUUCCAUUUGGACAGAAUUUUGGGCUUUCGUCGCGCCAUGCCUGUGGCUGGGCGUACGCUGAACAUUACGACCGAAAUUUAUCAACUAGCCGAGGACAAUUUAUUGAAGACAUUCUUUGUUUCGCCAUCGUUGAAUUUAUGCUUCCAUGGCAAGUGUUCGUACUACUGUGACACCUCGCAUGCCAUUUGUGGCAAUCCGGACAUGCUCGAGGGCUCCUUUGCCGCAUUCUUGCCCAGCUUUGAGUCCUCCAAUCGCAAGCUGUGGCGGCAUCCUUGGCGACGUUCCUAUCACAAACGCAAGAAGGCUCAAUGGGAGACAGAUGCCAAUUAUUGCGCACUGGUGCGUGAUAUUCCACCCUAUGAUGAGGGCAGACGACUGCUGGACCUUAUGGAUAUGGCCGUAUUCGAUUUUCUAACUGGCAACAUGGAUCGUCAUCAUUAUGAGACAUUCAAAGUAUACGGCAAUGAAACAUUUCCGCUGCACUUGGACCACGGACGUGGCUUUGGACGUCCCUUUCAUGAUGAGCUCUCCAUACUCGCACCCGUGCUCCAAUGCUGCCUCAUACGCAAGACAACGCUCAGCAAGCUGCUCGAUUUCCAUAAUGGACCGAAAGCUUUGUCACAGCAGCUGCGGGAAUCACUUAGCCAUGAUCCUAUUAGUCCAGUGCUCUGGUCCCCACAUCUAGAGGCGCUGGACCGACGGAUUGGCAUCAUACUGCAAAGCAUACGCGAUUGCAUUAAACGCAAUCCGCCCGGCGAGACUGACGCCUCUGAGGCGGAUCAAUCGUCAUAGCGCUAGGCCCGCGAGCAGCAUUAGAGUCUAAACUUAGCUAUAAUUUGCGUGUCUUGUGUACUAUUUAGCCUUAAGCUUUGACAACUAGGCAGGCAGCUUUUUAAAAGAUGCCCAUGCCCAGCUCGAAACAAAAUUACAAAGAAGAAGCGCAAGCCCAAGAAGCGAAAGUAGCAACCAAACUAAACUAAACAAAACAAAACAAUGCAGCGAGGACUUGAAACGUUGGACGCCGCCUCAUUCACAAUUGGUUUGCAGUCGAAAUUUUGUACCAACAAACAUUUGAGCAGCUAUAAACAAAUUACUAACACACUAGAGUGGGUGCCAAACUAACAACAAAUGUUGCGCUAGAGUGAAACAUCUUAAAAAGACUAUAAGAGAACCUAUAAAACUAAUUGCUAAAUAUUUAUUUAUAAAUUUUCAUAAACCUUAAUGACAACAAACUUAUGUGUAUAUUUAUAAUUAAUGCAACAACAACCACAACAGCUUCAAAAAUUAGUUGUUAAGAACCUGAGCCUAUAGACGAUCGAUCGAUAUCAGCCGUAGCUUUAUCAACAUGUUGUGUUUAUUAAUUAGCCGAAUUAGUUCCAGCUAAAUGAAAUCAAUGUACUUCGAAGAUUUGUUGAGCUCUCCUGUUAUGUUUAUUGAAUUUGAAAUGUAGUUAAGUUAGUUUUGUGUUAUUCUAACGUUUAUGAUUGUACCUAAUGUAGUUAAAGAAAAAAUUAAGACAGACAUUAGAUUAAGUACCAAAGUUUGUUUGUUGGCCAAGAUGAAUAUGAAAAAAAAGGUAAAUGCCUUUAGUAGCGAAAAUAACAACAAAAAGA